AUGCAUCUAUCAUUUAGCGCGUCAAUCGACGUGUCGUCACGCAGAUGGCACGGUGUGGCGGUGUGGAAGUGGGACGUUAACGAAGACGUGUGCGGUAUUUGUCGCCUAGCGUUCGAUGCCUGCUGUCCCGAUUGCACCGUCCCGGGGGACAACUGCUCGCCAGUGUGGGGGCAGUGCAACCACACCUUCCACAUGCACUGCGUCCUGAAGCACCUCCAGUUCGCAACGCAGCAAAACCGGCCGCAGCAGUGCCCGCUGUGUCGUCAAGAAUGGCAAUUUCGAGAGGCGCAGCCGGCAACCGCUGAGGAGGACGACUGA